UUUUAUAUUUAAAUUAACAAAAUUAUUUUUUACUUCCUACAAUAGUAUCUUACCCUUAAAAUAGUAUUUUACCCUUAAAAAUAGUAUUUUACCCUAAAAAUUGGAGAUUCUUUCUAAAAGUAGUAUUUUACGUCUUAAAAAUUGGAGAUUCUGCCUAAAAAUAGUAUUUUAUCCUUAAAAUUGAAGAUUCUGGCAUAAAAAUAGCAUAUUAGCCUAAAAAUAACAUAUUGUCCUAAAAAUAGCGUAUUGGCAUAAAAAUAACAUUUUGGCCUAAAAUUUGAAGAUUGUCAUAAAAUUUGAAGGAUAGUGUGAGAUGGUAUCGAUAAAGGAUAAGUUAUUAUCAUCGCAUAGAUCGAAUGUGUAUUCAUCGUUUGGCGGUCAUUUGAAUGUGUUUUACAGUGUUUUAUUAUUUAACUUUUUGGAUGUUUGUAUUUUAUGUUACUUCUGGUUCCUCUUUGCCAAUGCUAUUAAGCAGUUUGACUGUAACGCUUUUCUGGUGGAUAUGAUCGUCAACUCCGUUCUCACCGUUACUCCGCUCACUACGCUAAUCAAAUCCGAUCUAUUAUUCUACAUUGCGUUUGUAAUUAACUUUUUUAAAUUUUGGCAUAUUUGCCACAUUGUGGGCAAAUUUUCCGGUCUAGUGGCGUUUCACUCACUCAGACUCUCUCGCACUAAUCAAAGCGCUCUGAACAGAUAUUACAUACAAAGACUCGGCAUUUACUUUAACGCCAUGUUAUUUUGUCUCGGAAGACUUGUGCUGAUUAUAGUCUCUGUCUGGUACUCGCUAGUGCUCCAGAAGAUACGAUUCGUAGGCGGCACCGGCUUUGAAAAGAAACCAGCCUCAGUCUUCGAAGAAGAAGCACUGGAAGAAUAUCUAAGAGAUAAAGAUCACACACACACCAAGGAUCUAGAUAACGCACACGAAUUCACACUCGAACCCAUUCCAUAAUAACAUUCUAUUGCAUAAUAUAUAUUAUAUAUAUAUUAUGGUAUAGUAUAGUGUGAAUAGUGGUAUAGAUGUCUGGGUUUAGUGUUUUGGGGUAGUAAAUUGAGUGUCUUAAUCGUGGUAUAACACUGUUUACAGGGUUCUAACAUACUAUUUACAGUGUUUAAUAACUGUAUUG